UCUACACGUCCCAUGAAGUGACGCCAUUUUAAUUUGUUGCCUGCUAAUCUCAUCUUCAAAGGUUACUCCAUUUUCUCAAACACUUUCUUUAACCAAUUUUGAUCAAUACCCAGUUGAGUUCAUAUUUAACUUUGCUUUGCAAACAUGUAAAUGACUAUUGUAAUCAAUGAUAGGGACAACGGUCCUUCACCAAACCCCUUUUUUGUCACAGCAAGUUAGUCUAAGAGACCAAGAAUGUUUGUCCCUUUUGAGGAGAUGCAAGAACAUGGAAGAAUUCAAACAAGCCCAUGCCCAGAUCCUCAAAUGGGGAUUCUUUUUCCGUUCUUUUUGUGCAAGCAAUCUUCUGGCCACCUGUGCUCUCUCAAAUUGGGGAAGCAUGGACUAUGCGCGCUGCAUUUUUGGGCGAAUUGAGGAACCAGGUACUUUUGAGUUCAAUACAAUGAUUAGAGGAUAUGUUUUAGAUGAUUAUAACAUGGAAAAUGCUGUAUUUGUUUAUUAUGAGAUGCUGGAGAAGGGUGUUCAAUCAGAUAAUUUUACCUAUCCCUCUCUUUUAAAGGCAUGUGCCUUGUUGAGGGCGAUUGAGGAAGGUAUGCAAAUUCAUGGGCAUACUAUAAAGCUUGGACUUGAAAGAGAUUUAUAUGUGCAAAGCAGUUUGAUUAAUAUGUAUGGGAAGUGUAGAAAGAUAAAACUAUCCUAUGCUGUUUUUGAGCAAAUGAAUCCAAAGGGUAUUGCUUCUUGGAGUGCCAUUAUAGCAGCGCAUACUAAUUUGGGCAUGUGGUGCGAGUGCUUCCAACUUUUUAAGAAGAUGAUGAUGAGUGGUGAAAAAGGAUCUUCUUAUAGGCCUGAAGAGAGCAUAUUAGUUAGUAUGCUCUCUGCUUGCACUCAUUUGGGUGCCCUUGAUCUUGGAAGGUGUGUACAUGGAUCAUUGUUGAGGAACAUUGACAUCGAGCUCAAUUUAACAGUACAAACUUGUCUGAUUGACAUGUACAUGAAAUGUGGUUGUGUAGACAAAGCUUUAUCCCUUUUUCAAAGAUUGAUCACUAAGAAGAACCAGUUUUUAUACAGUGUGAUGAUAUCGGGACUAGCAAUGCACGGGCGAGGUAAAGAAGCGCUAGAAAUUUUCUCUGAAAUGCUAGAUGAAGAAAGAUUGAAGGUAGAUGAUGUUGUCUUUGUGUGUGUUUUGAGUGCUUGUAGUCGUGCCGGACUUGUUAAGGAAGGACUGCAGUAUUUUAACAGAAUGAAAUUUGAGUAUGGGAUACAACCAACAAAUGAACAUUAUAGCUGCAUUAUAGAUCUCAUGGGCAGAGCUGGAAUGCUCAAUCAGGCCUUAGAGUUUAUUAGAAACAUGCCUAUCGAGCCAAAUGAUGUCUUAUGGCGAAGCCUUCUUAGUGCUUGCAGGACACACCAUAACAUUCAAAUUGGGGAAAUUGCAGCUAAAAGCUUGUUGCAGUUGAACUCGCGAAAUUCGAGUGACUUGCUGAUGUUAUCUCAUAUAUAUGCAAAAGCUAAACGAUGGGAGGAGACAGCGACGAUUCGAAAAGAAAUGGCCUAUAAGAGCUUCAUUCAAACAACAGGAUUUUGUUCAGUUGAGGUGAAUAGAAAAGUUUAUAAGUUUGUUUCACAGGACAAGUCAUACCCUCAAUGUGAACAAAUAUAUGAGAUGAUUGAUCAGACGGAAUGGCAACUGAAAUUUGAAGGCUAUUCUCCAGAUACAUCAGAAAUAUUGCUUGAUGUGGAUGAAGAAGAGAAGAGGGAGAGAUUGAAAGCUCAUAGUCAAAAAUUAGCUAUUGCUUUGGCAUUGAUAAAUACAUCUCAGGGGAUUCCCAUUAGAAUAAGUAGGAACGUGAGGAUGUGUAAUGACUGUCACACUUACACCAAGUUCAUUUCCAGAAUCUAUACAAGGGAAAUUAUUAUAAGAGAACUGAAUAGGUUCCACCAUUUUAAAAAUGGAGCUUGCUCUUGUUUAGACUAUUGGUAAUUAGUAAUUACUGAUGUUUUUCUUGAAAUAUUAAACAUGGCCAUAAUUCUCUUUUUUGGGUCUAAUUUUUAAUUUUUGUUUUUUA